UCGUUUGAAGCAACGUUUUCUCCGCGAACAAUCAUAAACACGCAUGUCACCACCUUGCGUGGCGGCAUUACCAUCAUCUUGACCAAAAAUAGAUUCCCAACUUAGAAACUUCACUCCACUCCCUCUUACCUCACUCCAAAACCCCCCGAGUUGACUCAGCCGAGUCUCCACCCCAAAACUCACUCCCUCGCUUACCGUACAAUACACUCCCAAGUCUUCCUUCUUCUUCACUCUCAACCAAAAAAAUGAGUCUUAAACCCAAUCCUCCACACUAAAACCAAAAAAAGAAAAAAAAAAAGAAAAAAUCGAUUUCAAAAAAUUUACUUUCUUUUUUUGCUAAAAUGAUGUGCAUAGAAGAAACUAACCUGCAUGAAUCUCGAGAAGAAAUGGAAUCUCUAGUUCUUGACGAUUCAUCCAACGGUCAAUCUCACUCCGGUGCUAAACUAGUACUCAAUCACGAUGAUCCGCUGCUCUCGUCCUCAUCGUCCUUCAUGGACCCUCAAAACCCUAACUCUAACUCUAUCUUGAGCUCUCACGCUUCCUUCAACGCUUUUCUCGACCCUCCUUCCUACGCCGAAGCGAUCUUCACUUCCUUCGAUUCUUCAUCCAACGGCCACGAUCAAAUCCCCUUGUUUUCCUCCUCCAAUUCAAACCCUCGGAGCUCCGAUUACCUCCAAAUCUCGGUUUCGGAUCCUCAAAAGGAGCAGGAGCUGUCCAAUUCUUUGGUUCCCGGUGGGACCACGUACUACACGUAUUUGAUUACGACGAGGACGAAUUUACCCGAAUUCGGCGGAUCCGGAUCCGAAUUCAGUGUUCGGAGGCGGUUCAAGGAUGUGGUUACGUUAUCGGAUCGGUUGUCGGAGUCGUACCGGGGGUUCUUCAUCCCGCUCCGGCCGGACAAGAGCGUGGUGGAGAGUCAGGUGAUGGCGAAGCAGGAGUUCGUGGAGCAGAGGAGGGUUUCGUUGGAGAAGUACCUCCGGAGAUUGGCGGCGCACCCGGUGAUUCGGCGGAGCGAGGAGUUGAGGGUUUUUUUGGAGGCGAAGGGGAAGUUGCCGCUGCCGAAGAGUGUCGACGUGGCUUCGAGGGUGAUCGACGGCGCGGCGAGGCUGCCGAGGCAGUUGCUUGGUGAGGAUGCGAUUGAUGUGAAUGAGGUGGCGCAGCCGGCAAAAGGCGGGAGGGAUUUGUUGAGGAUGUUUAGGGAGUUGAAGCAGGCGGUGUCGAAUGAUUGGGGCAGCGUGAAGCCGGUGGUGGUGGAGGAGGAUAAGUGGUUCUUGGAGAAGAAGGAGAAGUUGAUGGAGUUUGAGCAAGAACUUAGCAAUGUGUCUCAACAGGCUGAAUCGCUUGUAAAAGCUCAGCAAGACAUGGGAGAGACAAUGGGGGAAUUGGGAUUGGCGUUUGUUAAGCUGACCAAGUUUGAGACGGAGGAAGCAGUGUUUGACUCUCAAAGAGAACGAGCUGGUGACAUGAAAAAUGUUGCGACUGCUGCUGUUAAAUCAAGUAGAUUGUACCGGGAGUUAAAUGGGCAGACAGUAAAACAUUUGGAGAAACUCCAUGAAUAUCUAGGGAUAAUGCUAGCUGUGAACAAUGCAUUUUCUGACCGAUCAAGCGCUUUACUAACAGUCCAGACGCUUUCGUCAGAUUUAGCUUCCUUACAUUUAAAGAUUGAGAAGCUUGAAGCUGCUUCAGCAAAAAUAUUUGGUGGAGACAGGUCCAGGUUGCGCAGAAUAGAAGAGUUGAAAGAAACUGUCAGGGCUACUGAAGAUGCUAAAAUUUGCGCUGAGAGAGAAUAUGAACGGAUCAAGGAAAAUAUCAGGAGUGAGCUUGAAAGGCAUGACAAGGAGAGGCAUGAUGACUUCAUGAGCAUGUUGAGAGGAUUUGUUGUAAAUCAGGCGGGAUAUGCGGAGAAGAUGGCAAACGUGUGGGAGACACUUGCAGAAGAAACCAACGCAUAUGUGAAAGAUGGCAGCUGAAGUUGUUGGCUGUUAAAUUUUUUGUUUUCAGACAUUCCUUUGUACUCUUUUCUGUAAUUUUUGUAUGUACAGUAAUUGGAAUUUUCAACAAGCUUCUAAAGUUGAGUUGUUGCUUCAUAUCCUUUUUGGGUUGGUGUAGUUGUCCAGAUCCUCCAUUAUCAUUUCUAAUGACCAAGAUUCCUUUUGGUGAGUGGUAAAGAUUUGAACUCACAUAGACUUACUAUUUUUUCUCCCACCACUCAACUUGUCCACGUGGCGAAUUGUAGCAAAAAUUGUGUAAAAUGUUGUGGUACUAACAAGUAUUACUCUUUCACCAUGUAUUUCUUUUUCACAAGGUGAUGUAUUCAAUAGAACAAAUUAUUUUUAUUUUUUA